UAAAUAGUAUUUUUAUAGGAUUAAUCCAAUCGCAACAGAUUAUGGUGAUACACUUGAUCUGCGAUAAAAAAAAAUGAAAUAUGGCUUUUCACACCUAGGCAUGUUACUUAAUUUCCAGGACUGAUAUGAAAAUUAUUGUGGUCAGUUUUAUGAUAAGUCUAGACAUGUGGUCACAACUUGUUGACAAAUAUGUAUGACUUUCUAUAACCAAACGAAUUUCUUAUUACAAAUUAGACUUGGACAGCUGGCCUUGAGGCCUAUCAAUGCAAAACUCAUGUCACAUAAUCUUCCAUAAUUGGUUGCCCAUAAUUGCUUCCAUAAGUUUCUCUGUAAGCAAUUUUUAAUAACAUACUUUGUAAGAAAGAACAUGACAGUACACAUGCUCAUCAAAGUUCAGAGGUGGCUGUUGCAGACAAAGGUAUGGAGAUUUGUGGGAUUUGCUUCAGCUGCUGUUGGACUGGUUUGUUAUGCUCUAAGCUCUUCCUUCAACUAUCUAUUUGGAAAUUGGAAUUUGUUGAAGAUAAUUCUUUACACUGUUUUCAGUUUCAUCAUUUGCAUCAUGAUUUUGUAUGAAAAUAUAUGGAAACAGUCUAGAAGUCUUCGGUUCAAAGCUCAUACAGCUUUUUUAGUAUUGACAAUCACCUCUGUCUAUUCGUUUUACUUCGAUAAAGUGGUAAAUGGAAAACCAGAUGCUUAUAGCCUCAUUUCUUGUGCUGCCUUUGCUAUCAUGUCACUGAGUUUGUCGAGGCAAUCUCAUUGUGGAUUCGAAGUGGAUCUUCUUUACUUUUUUCUUGGAUGUCUAACUGUGUUACUCAUGAAGAUUAAAUUCCAGUUAUUCAUUAUUGGAGCAGGUUUCGCCUCCUCUGCUACUCGUUGUUUCACAGAGGUUUUCCACGGAUCAACAUUUCAGCUUCUAAAUUUUGCUAAUGCAGUUGCUGAUGGAAGCCCUUCCAUUUGGUGUUUAUUCAAAAUGCUUGCAAUCUUUGAGACUUUGCAUCAUCUGAUAUCGAAAUUCCACUUGGGUCCUGAUUCUUCGGUGAAGGAAGCUGCAGUUACAGUCCAAAACAGAUUAGGAGAAGCAAUCAGGGACCUUUUCUUGAAACUAAAUUAUCUGACCUUCCGUGUCCCAGCAGCAAAGAAAGUUUCUCGGUCUGAUGGUCGACAUCAUCCAACGGCAGUCCAGAUCAUUAGCUACGUCACUUCUGCUUGUAGGUCACGCCACACGCUCGAACAAGUUUUGCAGGAAUAUCCCAAGGUGAAUAAUGGAGUAGUAGUGAAAGAUUCUUUUAUAGAACAGAUGGAAUGGAUAAUGGAUAUGUUAGAGAAAAGAUUGACAUAUAAGUCCAAAGAGUACAGAGAACUUGCUUUGCGCUAUCUUUUCAUGAUGAAUAAUAGGAGGCACAUAGAAGCUAUGAUUAAAAGCUUGGACUUGGAAACCAUAUUUGGUAAUGAUUGGUUCCAAAGAAAUCAAGCGAAAUUCCAACAAGACCUUGAUCUUUAUCAAAGGUAUUCAUGGAAUAAAGUGUUGGAAUUUUUGAAGUUGGACAACAAUGACUGUGCGGCACUGAAUGGUGAUGUUGCAGAAGAUAUAUUGAAAGAAAAGCUAAAAUUGUUCAACAAGCAAUUUGAAGAGUUCAGUCCAAUUGGUUUGUAUAUGAUAAGAAGCUUAAAGAAGAAAUAAUAAUAUCAGUGGCAAAUACCUUGCUGCCAGUAUAUGGAAUCUUUAUUGGGAGGUUCCGUGAUUGUCUUGGUAUUCAUGCUAAUCAGUGUAUUAGAUACGGAAUGUUUGAGAUUCAAGAUCGCCUCAACAACUUGUUUCUGAUCAAAAACAGUUAGUUGAAUCGUCAGAAUGUAGAUGAA